GAUGAAAAAGGAAGACGAUCUCCGCGCGUGCGCAAUGCACUGUGCUCAUCUCCGCGUUGUUUUGAUUUUUCACGUGUAGUUAGCACGGACACGGCGAUAAUGUGUUUCUAGUCUGCCCCAAGUUGCUCUACUGCGCUUAUUUUGUCCGCCUUAUGUAUCUUUACUAAUCCUGAUACAUUUAGUGUAGGUGUUAAAAGGUGGCAUCGCUGUGAGAGAGACGAAAAGAAGCGAGUGGAGCGUCAUGGCCGCCUUCGUGGAGCUCAUAGCUGGCUGCUACGAGCAAGUUGUGUUUGGUUACCGUGUUCGAACAGACCAGGAGGAGUGGAGGGCCAAGGCGGAUUUCACACAUCACGCCCACACGGCGUCCGUAUCGGCGGUGGCGGCCAGCGGCAGGUUUGUGGUGACGGGCAGCAAAGACGAGACGAUGUUGCUGUACGACAUGAACAAGAAGGUGGAACACGGCGCUCUGCUGCACCACGACGGCUCCAUCACCUGCCUGGAGUUUUACGGCGCGACACAUCUGCUAAGCGGAGGAGAGGACGGACUCUUAUGCGUGUGGAGCACCAAGAAGUGGGAGUGCCUCAAGUCCAUCAAAGCGCACAAAGGUCAUGUGACAUCGCUGUCUGUACAUCCGUCUGGUAAACUUGCACUGACGGUGGGCACCGAUAAAACACUGCGCACAUGGAAUCUCAUUAAUGGACGAUCAGCCUUCAUCAGAAACAUCAAACAAAACGCACACAUUGUGCGAUGGUCUCCGGACGGCGAGAAAUACGUGGUGGUCAUCCACGACCAGCUUGACCUGUACGAUCUGCAGACAGCCUCACUGACCAGCACGCUCAAAAACCCCAAGAGGAUCUCGGCCAUCAACUUCGUAAACAACUCCAUCCUAGCUGUUGCGGGUGAUGACGAAAUAGUACGACUGUGUGACGUUGCCAAGGAGAAAUGGGUGUGCGAGUUCAAAGCUCAUGAAACCAGGGUGAAAGCGGUGGACAGUUUCAAGAUGGACGACGACCACGUGUUGGUCACGGCCUCCAACGACGGCUUCAUCAAAAUGUGGAAGCUCCGCCCGAACGACGAGCUGGAGUGUCCCACCCUCCUCGGGGAAGUGAACACCACGGCCAGGCUGACGUGUUUGGCCGUGUGGAAACCCUCCACGCAACGGCAGACCACAGAAGAAGAAAAGGGAGCCAAGGCCACAACGUCACAAGAGGUGGCUGAGGCACUUUUGAAGACAAAGCGAGUGCGUCUCCUCACUCAUGAAGAAGUCAUUCUGGAAGAUGAAAGCAAACCGAAAAAGAAGAAGAAAAGAAAGGUCCAUGGAAAACUGGAAGAGGCGAAAUAAAACACAUUUGUAUAAAAGA